UAUACAAGCAGUGUAGAGAACAUUCGAAAUUCGAUAUUUUAGUAUAGAAUGGAGAAGAAAGAGAAAAUUAACAUAUACGAUUCUGCUGGUGUUUUCUCUCGUAUGUUUUUGUGGUGGAUUUUUCCAAUAAUAUCAAAAGGAAGAAAGCGAUUUUUAAAAGAAGAGGAUUUAUUAGAAAUUUCAAAAUAUCAUACUUCAGAGUAUCUUGGGGAUAAACUUCAAAAAGAGUGGAACAAAGAACUACAGAAGAAAAAUUCAAACAUACUGAAAGCUGUAUUACGAUUUCUUGGAUUGAAAUUUUCAAUUAUGAUUUUAUAUGUAUUUAUUCAGGACAUAGUUGUAGUUGCUGGCCAAUCACACUUACUGGGAUUAAUAAUACACUAUUUUGACAACAGAUUGGGAUGGAAUGAAUACAAUAUAUAUGUAGCUCUUGUAGGAUUUUUUGCUGUAACUGCGGUUUAUAUGUUUGUAUAUAAUGCUAAUAUAUUUACGUCAGAAAUAUAUGGAAUGAAAAUAAAGGUAGCUUUUUGCACUAUUAUAUAUAGAAAGGCAAUUAGGUUGAGUUCUCCGUCUCUAGAAAAAUCGAAUGUGGGACAAAUGGUAAAUCUUCUAGCAAACGAUGUCAGCAAGUUUCUAAGUACUCUUUACGGUAUUCCAUAUUUAGUUACAACUCCUUUCUUCAUCAUUACAACCAUAGCGAUAUUGUGGCAAUAUUACGGAUGGACUAUUCUAGUGGGAUAUUCGGUGAUAUUUCUCUUCAUUCCUAUACAAUUAGCUUUGGGUAAACUAUAUUCGAAACUGAGAUUACAAGCAGCUAUGUUGGGAGAUGAAAGAUUGAACCUGUUGAACGAAAUAAUUGCUGAUAUGAGAUUGAUUAAAAUGUACACCUGGGAAUUGCCAUAUUCUGCAUUACUUAAAAAAAUCAGAGUGAAGGAAAUGAAUAAAGUUCGAAUGUUUUUAUAUGCAAAGGGAAUGUCGUCAAUGUUGGCUUAUCCUAUAUCAAAAUUAUUUACUUCCCUUGCAUAUCUUGCAUUCUUUUUUAAUGGAGGACAAUUAAACCCCGAAAUUGCAUUUAUCACUAUGACUGUUUCUUUGUACAUCUUUAUCAGCACUGUUAGCAUGUUCUCACUAGCAAUAAAUAAUUUUGCAGAAAUUUUGGUUUCACUGAAGCGACUUCAGGCUUUUCUGCUUCUUCAAGAAAAAGACAGCAAUGCCUCAAAAAUUCUAGAAGAAAGAGAAAGUUUAACCGAAUUUGGAAUAUGGGUGGAUAAUGUCACAGCUGCAUGGAAAAAAGAAACAACAUUGAAUGAUAUUUCUUUAAACGUACAGCCUGGAGAAUUACUAACUGUUAUAGGUCCUGUUGGAUCAGGAAAGACUUCUCUAUUAAUGUCGAUAUUGGGAGAGAUUCCGAUAAGUUCUGGUAGGGUGACAGUUAAAGGAAAGAUCGCUUAUGCUUCUCAAGAAGCUUGGGUAUUCAACGACACUAUCAGAGAAAAUAUCUUGUUUGGAGAAGAAUAUCAAGAAGAUAAGUAUAGAAAAAUCUUGUAUAUCACCGCUCUUGAAAAGGAUAUAAGCUUAUUUCCUAAAGGCGAUCUGACUAUUGUAGGAGAAAGAGGAGUAAUAAUGAGUGGUGGACAAAAGGCAAGAAUUAAUCUAGCAAGAGCACUAUAUGUAGAUGCAGAUAUAUUCCUGUUCGAUGAUCCACUAAGUGCUGUCGAUGUUCCUGUAGGAAAACAUAUCUUCGAAAAAUGCAUAAUGGAAUAUUUGAAAGAAAAGAUUUGCAUCUUAGUUACACAUCAAGUACAAUUUUUAAACUCUGAAAAUAAAGUUUUAGUGUUAUGCAAGCAUGCUGAUAGCACUUCUCAGCACUUCUGUUCAAAAUCUGAAGCAACUUCUCGUUACUACCAGAAAACUGCACGAGGUGCUGAAUAUGCCAGCAAACAAGAUGGUAUGAUGAGAUUUGAAGAUGAAGGUAAAAAAAUACCACAAGAUGAUGAAGGAGUUGGAAAAGUAGGACUUUCAGUUUAUAGAGAAUAUUUCAAUGCUGGGAAGGGAUUCUUCUUUAAGUCUGUUCUAUUAGUUAUACUAAUUGUAUCACAAGCUAAUAUAAAUGCAAGUGACUUUUGGCUAGUUAAAUGGUUGUAUAAGAAAAGAAUCUAUGGACAAAGUACAGUGAAACUGGAAAAUAUUACGUUUAACGAAACAAUUUUUAACAAUACUGGAGAAGAAAACUUUUAUUAUAGUGAAGCAUACAACGUAUAUGUUUACUUUGGAAUGAUAUGUGCAGGAUUUCUCACGAUGAUACUGUCUGCAAUAUUAAUGUAUGAAAUGUUUAUAGCUGCGUCUAUAGAGCUGCACAAUAAUAUGUUUCAAUGUAUCAUUCGAACGCCAAUAUCAUUUUUGGAUAACAUUCCCGUUGGAAGUAAGCAUUUUAAUAAUGUAAAACCAUUGUUAAUCAUAGCUAUUUUAAAUGGAUUUACUAAAAACGCAAUUGAUGGUUUUAAUGCUACUAAAUCUGCAAAUUGUUCUUCAAAACCGUUCAACAGGGGCAGGGAUGUUGAUAUUAAUGGAACCAUCUUUAAUGCCACCAUGUUUGAAUUAGACAGGCGUGUAUCUACACUCCCACAUCCUGCCUUAAGGAAGGGAUCUCUCCUCGUGUUACCUCUACAGGAAGCUUUUACAGAUGGAUCCAAGUCAACGGAUGGCACGGCAAGUGCCUUUGUGAUCUUUCAGGCUGGUGAAGAUGUUUACAAUGAUUCCUUUGCUGUACACCCGGAUGCUCUGUCUUCCAAGCAAAGAUUUUGUGAACAAACUCAUAAACAUAGAGUUUGUGAAGAUGUUUGUGAAGAUGUUUAUGAGUUUGUGAACAAACUCAUAAACAUCUUCACAGACAGUGCUGCAGCUGUUGCUGCUUUGGGGAAUAAGCAUAAUACUCACCCUGUUGCAAACGACAUCUUUGCUGCAACUUCUACAUCUUUUAACAAGUGUGCCAUCAAUUGGAUUAAAGGACACAGCAGCAUUCCAGCGAGAAGUCCGGUAUUUUCCCAUCUGAGUGUAUCUCUUUACGGACUGACAACAAUUAGAGCAUUUAAAGCCGAAAGUAAAUUUAAAUCUACAUUUAAUGAGUAUCAGGAUAUGCACACUGCUACGUGGUUCCUGUACGUUGCUUUAAAUCGAUGGGUUUUCAUAUACGGCCACAUGGUUUGUUUCAUAAAUGUAGUUAUUACUGUUAUUAUAUUCAGUGUUUCGAUUGAUUCAGAUAAUGCGGGAAGCCAAAUCGCACUUGUUAUGAAUUAUGGAGUAUUAUUUAUUAUGUAUUUUCCAGCUUUUAUUAGAAUGUCAUCUGAACUGCAAUUUCAGAUGAACUCUGUUAAACGUAUACUGAAUUAUACCAAAUUGAAAUCAGAAGCAUCAUACGAAAGUUCUCUCGAUAAACAGCCACCCCCAGAUUGGCCACAAAAAGGAGAAAUUCACUUUGAUAAUGUUUCUUUACAAUAUUCGAAGGAUAAAAAUACUGUUUUAAAGCACUUAACAUUUCGUAUUUACUCAGGAGAAAAGAUAGGAAUUGUGGGCAGAACAGGAGCAGGAAAAACUUCUAUAAUUGCUUCAUUAUUUCGCAUGACAGAGCCGACAGGGACAAUAACCAUCGAUGGAGUUGACGUUAAAGAUAUCGGACUUCGGGAUCUUCGUAGCAAAAUAUCUAUCAUUCCUCAAGAUCCGAUGUUAUUUACCGGUCCUCUUCGAAGAAACAUCGAUCCUUUCAAUGAAUAUUCGGAAGAAAAUCUGUGGCAAGCCGUUGAAGAGGUGCAAUUAAAAGAAGUAAUUAGUAAAUUACCUGGCGGAUUGGAUACACAUUUAUCAGAAGGAGGACGAAAUUUCAGCGUUGGGGAAAGACAGUUAAUUUGCCUUGCCAGGACCAUUCUUCGUCAGAAUAAAAUUCUUGUCAUGGACGAAGCAACAUCCAAUAUUGAUAAAAGAAAAUGA